CUCCAACAUGGCGCCGGACCGCCUCGGUGCUGCUGCCUCCCCGACAGACGACGCAGCUCGGGACGGAGCGAGGAGACGAGGACGAGGGUAGAAACUGUCCCUCCGCGUCAAAAAAUCCCCCUCUUUUCUUUUCCCCUCUUUUGUCACCCAACACGACCUUCGCGCUCCGCCGCGCGUCCUGCGGACACUUUUACGCGCAGCCUCUUGGAGACGUCCACGCGUCCGCGCGCCACGGGAGGAGCCCACCUGUCCGACGGAGGUAGACCUCGCUCCGGGUUCCUCGAGGAUGUGAAUGUGCCUGAUCCCCACGGAGCAGACGGGGUCUCUCGGGGGUCUCUCGGGAGUCUCUCGGGGGUCUCGGGGUCCGCGCUGGAGCCGCUGAAGACAUGUGCAGCCCCGUGAGGAGCAGAGACUCGGCGGCCGCGGAGGACUGAAGCUUUUUUCCCCCAGGUCGGACAAAACAAGUUUUUUUCCCCCCUCUCGACAGGAUGGAUGGAGAGAACUCUGCGCUGGCGGGACUGGACCGGGAGCGAGAGAAGCUCCCUCCGAUCUACACCGGCUCCGCUCCAGCUGGUCUGGGCCGAGGAGCCAAGCAGCCGUUCCCGUCUCUCAACACCUUCAUCUCCACACUGAGCCAGAGGAGGGACGCCGUGGGGCGGGGCCUGGUCGGCGGCGUGACGGGCACCCUGAGCGGCACGCUGGGGUUCAGACACGGGAGGGAGCUGCCUCCGAUCUGUAGCGACGUCCGGCAGAAGCAUCGUUUCUCCAUCGACACUCUGCCCCCGGAGGUCAAAGCUCCGUUCCCCUGCGACCCCGUCAUCCCCCUGCGCACCAAGACCACCAAGGAGUUUCAGGAGGACAUGGAGCGCGCCGUCCAAUCAGGCGACUGGAGGGAGGUCCGGGAGUUUUACCUGACCACCUUCAACUCCUUCAUAGAAAUCAACGCUGCCUUCAAGCGAGAGGCCAAUGGAUCGUUCAACACCAUCGACGACUCGGGAGUCAACGGCAAGUUCGUCAGCGCCGUUUACGACGCGCUGCUGGGCACACCUCAGGACAUCCAGAAGUCCGUGUUGAAGGGGAUCAUCAACAGCCUGCUGAGGGAGUGGAAAGGGCCUCGGACCAAAGACGACCUGCGAGCUUAUUUCAUCCUGGUGCAGAACCCCCAGUAUUCCACCACCAGCACCUACGUCAUCUACGCUCACCUGCUGAGGCAGAUCGCAGCUCUGUCUGAGGCCGACCAUCACUUCCUGGUUCACUGGCUCAAAAAGAUGUCGGCGCGGCGGUUCAGGCAGCUAGUCGAGCGCCUCCUGCAGUUCAUCUCCACUCGCCUGUUUCCUGCAGAACCAGACGAACUUCCUCCGCUGGCCAAAUGCUCCUGGUGGAUCCCCUCGGCAACCAAAGUGCUCAGCCUGUUCAACGCAGCCAACAGCGUCUCCUCUCCUCCCAUCAUGCCUUUCACCGACUUCUACAACAUCACCCUGGAGCACAUCGACUUCAUGGAGGAGUACAGGACCUGGCAGAACUACGGCAACUCCAACAGAUUUUCCUUCUGUCAGUUUCCCUUCAUCCUGUCGACGGCGGUGAAGAAGGCCAUCAUCCAGAAGGACUCCGAGCAGCAGAUGAUCAGUCAGGCCAGGCAAAGCCUGGUCAGUAAAGUGUCCCGCAGGCAGCGGGUGGACAUGAACCUCCUGUUCCUCAACAUUAAAGUGCGACGAGCUCAGCUCCUCAGCGACUCACUGGAUGAGUUGACGAGGAAGCGGUGCGACCUGAAGAAGAAGCUGCGCGUGACGUUUGUCGGGGAGGCGGGGCUUGACAUGGGCGGCCUGACGAAGGAGUGGUUCCUGCUGCUCGUGCGACAGAUCUUCCACACGGACUACGGCAUGUUCAGCUACAUGAAGGACUCACGCUGUCAUUGGUUCAGCAGUUGGAAGUGUGACAACUACUCUGAGUUCCAGUUGGUCGGGACUCUGAUGGGCCUAGCAGUUUACAACAGCAUCGCUCUGGACAUCCACUUCCCUCUCUACUGUUACAGGAAGCUCCUCACUCCUCCCACUGUGCCAUGUGACCAAAACGCCCUCGUCGGCAUGGCAACCGCCACCCUGGACGACCUGCAGCAGAUCAUGCCAGAGCUGGCUCACGGUUUGGCAGAGCUGCUGAGCUACGAGGGAAACGUGGAGGACGACUUCUACCUCACCUUCCAGGUGUUCCAGGAGGAGAUGGGCGUCGUGAAAUCCUACAACCUGAAGCCUGGAGGAGACAAAAUUCCCGUCACCAAGCAGAACAGGAAGGAGUACGUUCAGCUCUACGUCGACUUCCUGCUGAAUAAAUCCAUUUAUAAACAGUUUGCUGCCUUUUACCACGGCUUCCACAGUGUGUGUGCCUCGGACGCUCUCAUGCUGCUGCGGCCGGAGGAGGUGGAGAUGUUGGUGUGCGGCAGCCCGGAGCUCGACAUGAGCGCGCUGCAGAGAGCUGCUCAGUACGAAGGAUUCAGCAAGACGGACGCCACCGUACGGUGCUUCUGGGACGUGGUGCUGUCGUUCCCUCUGGAGCUGCAGAAGAAGCUGCUGCACUUCGCCACGGGAAGCGACCGCGUGCCCGUCGGAGGGAUGGCCGACCUCAACUUCAAGAUCUCCAAGAUCGACGUUUCCACCGACUGGUUGCCGAUCUCUCACACCUGUUUCAACCAGAUCUGUCUGCCGCCGUAUCGAACCAGGAAGGAGCUCAAACACAAACUCACCAUCGCCAUCUCCAACGCCGAGGGCUUCGGCCUGGAGUGACACACCCACACACACACACACACACACACACACACACACACACACACACACCCACACACACACACACACACACACACACACACACACACCCACAUACCCACACACACACCCACACACA